UUGUAUGGUUUAAUGGCGACAUUUGUUGGCAAUCUUUUAAACAGAAAAUUGAAGCUAUUUAUCUGGCUGAAGUAAAGCUCAAUAAUAUUAAUGAAUACAAGUAGUUCCUAGUUAAAUGUAGGGCGUUCUUAAGUUUUAUUUAGUUGGACUUAUAUUUCUCUUCAUCUAUAUUGUCAAGUAGUAAUCUAUUAUGGCUGAGUAUUUGGCGGCUAUAUUUGGUACCGAAAAGGACAAAGUUAACUGCUCCUUUUACUUUAAAAUAGGAGCCUGUCGACAUGGGGACAGGUGUUCCCGUAUUCACAAUAAACCUACUUUCUCUCAAACUGUAUUGUUGCAAAAUUUGUAUGUGAACCCCCAGAACUCCGCCAAAUCUGCAGACGGGAGUCACUUGGUGGUAGCAAAUGUAUCUGAUGAAGAGAUGCAGGAGCACUACGACAAUUUCUUUGAAGAUGUUUUUGUUGAGUGCGAAGAUAAAUAUGGAGAAAUUGAGGAGAUGAAUGUUUGUGACAAUCUUGGGGAUCACCUAGUUGGAAAUGUUUAUAUUAAGUUUCGCAGAGAAGAAGAUGCAGAGAAGGCUGUUAACGACCUCAACAACCGUUGGUUCGGUGGGCGGCCAGUUUACGCUGAACUGUCGCCUGUCACAGACUUCCGUGAGGCGUGCUGCCGCCAAUACGAAAUGGGGGAGUGCACAAGGAGUGGAUUCUGCAACUUUAUGCACCUUAAACCUAUUUCCAGAGAACUGAGAAGGUACCUUUAUGCCCGUCGUAAGGGUGGUCGUAAGUCGCGCAGUCGAUCACGCGAGCGUCGCCGUCGUUCGCGCUCAAGGGAACGGCGCGGCCGCGAGCCGCCGCGAAACUCACGUUCCGGACGAUACUAAUCUUACACUAAUGGUGAACACACAUCACAGCACCGGCCGUACUGGUGACGACAUUCGAAUUUUCAGUAUCUGAUAUAGCAUGCGUUGCGUUCGCCGGUUCUGCUGUAAUGUGCGAUUAGCUCUAUUUACACUUGCGUGCCCAGAAAAGGUAUAGGUUUUAUUUUUAUUAUUUGUUCAUAUGUUUAGUUCCACUUCAAGAACCCUUAACCAAUAUUAUCGUUUGGUGUACAAUGAUACGCGUUAAGUGAAUUUGCAUUCCGGUACUAUACUCUGUAAGACUAUUAUCCACAUUCGUCAAUGCCUGUUUCAUUAUAAUCCAUAUCACUAUGACAUUAAAGGUGAAAGUGGACUAACCCUGGUGUUAAAAAGCUGAAAAACAUACUGCAAUACAUAAAAAGCAGAGCUAUUAAACAAUAUUAAAGUUUUUUUCUAUAUUAAAGUCAUUUAAAUUGGUAGUAGAAAGUCAAGUUUCAGACAGAUUAAUCAAUAUAUUAUUAAAUUAAUGAGUAUAUGUACUUUGGUGCAAAAAAGAACAACACUCAUGCUUAAACUAUAAUACACUAAUUGUGUGCAAAAGCAUUAUCAUUAUAAACACAAUUAUGUGAUGUGUUACCUAGUUUUUAUACAACCAUUUAAAAAAAAUGCAUUCCUGACAGGUCAGUAUUGAAUCGUCAAUGUAAUUUUGAACGCGUGUUGCUUAACAAAUAUGUAUUUAUAUUGUUUGUUAUAAGUUUUUAGAUUUGCUGCUAAUGAUUAGCAAUAAUAAUGAAAUAAUAAUUAUAUCAACUCAAUAAUUUCAAUUUAAAUAAAUUUAAAAUUAGAAAAUCUUUUUUAAUAUUCAUACUUCACUGUAAUAAGGUUAUUUCAACUGUCCAUUGUUGCUUUAUAUGACCAAAAGGUCAGGAACACAUUGUUUCACCAGCCGGUUUAAAAUAAAAACAAAUGAUACUACAUAAUAGUUUACGUGACUACAUAGAGUUAUCGUUAUAUAUAAAAUAAUUAUCUAAUAGAGUACUGUAUAGUUUAGUGCUCUAUUAGAUCUAGCUCAUGUUUCCUGUAAAAUACAAUAAAUAUAAAUCGCUUAAUAUUGUAUAAAAACAUGGCUUAAGAAUGGUUAGUGUUCCGAUUAAUGGGUAUGAGAAACUGCUUUUACACUACACUUUUCAUUUCCCGUAACUGAGUAAAGUUUUGGAUAUGAAUUAUCUGCAUAUCAGCUUUAAUCUUUAAUCUUGUUAACACGCAAGCUCAGAAAUAUUUGGUGUAUUUAAUUAAAAAAGUAAAUCCGUAAAAGGUACUUUGACAUUACUUUUGAGCAGUGGCGUGCACUUCAUAAAGGCACAAAAGCACUGUCUACACUAAAAUUUAUAUAUAACUCGUAUAAGAGGAGGAUUUUUGCUGUUUUAUGGAAUUUUCCUGCUUUAUGCAUACCCUGGUAGGAAAACUAGUGCACGCCACUGCUUCAGAGGUGUUUAAAUCUCUAAUAAGCACCUUGACUUUGGGGUUAAACAUAACUUUUUGGAGCAUAAAGUAAACCUAUGUGACUAACAUAGUACAGUGUUUGAACUGGAUGCUGAUGCUCUGUUACUGUUAUCAGAUCUUGCAUUCUUAAUUCCUAAGGAUUUUAUAUAAGAUGUAUAGAUAGUACGUCACGAUAAUUCCGUCAGUUUUGUACUAGAUGUGUAAAACGAAACAGUUUGUUUCUAUUUCUUUUAAGGUCGCGCAAGAAUUAAAAUUAAAUAUACUUUUCUAUGCGCUUUUGCGUUUUUCUUUACUGGUCACUAUUCCUCAAAAAACGGAUUUUAACUUUUAAUUUAUAUUUUCUUCCUUCGAUCUUAUAACAACAGUGGCUACUUCCUCCGAAUGCCACAAUCAAUUCAAAUUCAGAAAUGAUUUUUUCAUGUAGAGAUAUGGCAGGCACUAAUGAAGCGUUCAUAUACAUAUAAUAUGUUACCAUUAAUGUUAGGUGAUAGUAAUAACUGCAUUCGUUAACUUAAAACUAAAGCUCCCUUAGCUUUAUUUUUAAGUUCCAAAUGCGCCCUUGUCUAAGGCGCCCACAUUAAAAUUAGCCGGAGUAACAAACUUAGCUUAUAAGGUUCGGCUGAAAGAAGAUUGGUCGGAAGAUUAAACAUUAACAGAUUAUUAUUAUUUAUCCGACAUGAUAAUAAUUAUUAAAAAAUCGAUCAAUGAACUUUAUUAUAUAUGCCUCUGUACCGAUAUUUAGUAACUUUAAUAGCUCUAAAAUAAUUUCAUAGGUUAUAAACUUAUUAGGUUUCUAAACUAUGAAAGAUUUCAGUGUUACAUCUUUAAUAAAUAGUGGAUUAGGUGACCAUGACAUACACAGACAGACAAACAUGGCGAUACUUUAAGAGUUUCUUGCUUUAACUUUAACUUGCUUUAAAUCCUAUAGUAUGAUAUAUUAUGCAGUUUUGUUUAAUAUAAACUAAUCUCCUUUCCUAUUAUGGUAAACACGAUAAUGUUCAAGAAAUAUAUAUUACUAUAUAGAAUUUCGAUGUAUUAUCGAUGUAGAAUAUUUUUUUUGUUUGAUUAGUAGUACGUAUGUAUUGUUUUGGAUUUUAUUAACUCAUUAUAUAUACUCUGGCCGCGCGUCCCGCUAUUUGCGUGGAUCCCUACUUUCCGAAUAAUUUGUGUUAUAAAAGCGAAAGUUACACUGUGAAAGAAGGAGAAACAAACAAAUUCACUUUCGCAUUCAUGGUAUUUAAAUAGGUUUUUUGAGAUUAAUUAUUAUUAUUACUAACUGUAUAAAUAAUUCCACUCACACUAGUUUAAACUAGGCUAUUAAACCCUUUUUACGGUACCUAUUGCUGUAUUUUAAUAAUAAGAAAAUGUAUUGUAUGGCAUUUACAAUAAGAACUCAUUUCUAUACA